AUGCCUCCUGUCGCUGCGGUUCCCGGCGGCGGCCAGCAUGGCCCCUCCAACUUUGACAAGUUCAAGAUGGGCGCCAUGAUGGGCGGAACCGUCGGCGUCAUUAUUGGGUUUAUUUUCGGGACCGUCAACAUCUUCCGAUAUGGUGCUGGCUCCCAGGGCAUCAUGAGAACUCUGGGACAGUAUAUGGGUGCCUCGGGGGCUACCUUUGGCUUCUUCAUGUCUAUCGGCAGUGUCAUUCGCUCCGACGGCGACCCGAAGUUUCACGAAAUGUACAUGCGGGCGCAACGGCGCCCGAUCGUAUUGAUGGCGAAUCCGGCGUGGCGGAGGUCGACGUGA